UUUCUUCUUCUUCCUCUUCCUCUUUCUCUUCAUAUUCCUCUUCCUUUUCCUUUUCCUUUUUCUCUUCCUCCUUCUCUUCCUCUUCCUCUUCCUCUCCCUCUUCCUCCUACUCCUCCUACUCCUCCUUUUUCUUCUCCUCCUCCUCCUUCUUCUCCUCCUUCUUCUCCUCUUCCUCCUUUUCCUCUUCCUACUUUUCCUCCUCCUCCUUCUUUUCAGGACACCUGCAAAGGUGACAGUGGAGGUGGUCUCUUCUGCAAGGCGCCGGAUACCAAUCGCUGGCAACUCUACGGCAUAACCAGUUACGGCGGCGCUUCCGGUUGCGGACGCACCUACAGCAUCUACAUGUCGGUGCCGGCCGCGUCGGACUGGAUAAAGCGAGUGAUCGCUCGUUACGGCAAAUCGGCCGUCGGUCAGGCCGAUGCUGACGCGGACGAUGACGUCGUGGAUGUCGAUGGCAUGUUCUUGUGA